UUCGUUGUCCUCGACGUUCAUAAAAAGCACUAUUCAUCAUGGGUCGUAUGCACGCUCCCGGAAAGGGCAUUUCGUCCUCUGCCCUUCCCUACCGCCGCACUCCACCUUCAUGGCUUAAAACUACUCCCGAAGAGGUCGUCGAGCACAUCUGCAAGCUUGCUCGCAAAGGCAUGACACCAUCGCAAAUCGGUGUGCUCCUCCGUGACUCGCACGGCAUUCCCCAAGUUCGCUUCGUCACUGGUAACAAGAUUCUCCGUAUCCUCAAAUCGAACGGCCUGGCACCAGCCAUCCCAGAGGACCUCUGGCACCUCGUCAAAAAGGCGGUCGCCGUCCGCAAGCACCUCGAGACAAACCGCAAGGACAAAGACUCGAAGUUCCGCCUCAUUCUCAUCGAGUCGCGUAUCCACCGUCUGGCACGAUACUACAAGACGAGGCAGCAAAUUGCGCCCACCUUCAAAUAUGAUUCUGCGACUGCGUCGACGCUCAUUGCUUAAGUGUUGGGGGUGCAGUUGGAAUGUUUGCUUAAUGGGUCGUAUGCGCGCACGUUUGUAUGAUUUUAUUGCGAAUAUGUCAAUGCUAUGCCAUGCGUCCAUAUCUCUUUUUACUGUCGAAACCAGCGCCGAGUUAAAUGGUUAUUUGUCUCGUUAUGAGGCG